AUGUCGAAAAAAAUACCUAGUGGUACCACUCCUCGUGAAAAUAAAAGUGAAAUAAUAAUUAAAAGAGUUAAUACCGAGGUUAAUAGUGAACAAAGUGUUGAACUUAGUUCUGUAGAUAGUGAAAAAAGUGAAGUAUCCACCCCAGAAAUGUUGUCAUGCUGUUCAUAUAAAGGUACGAAUCAAAAUGAAUCUUUUGAUAUUGAUUUUAAAAAUAUUAUUGAAACUUCUUCUGAUCCGACGGAUAUUGGACAUUUUAAAGACAUCGUUUUAGAUUCUCAAACUAAACGGUUCAUAAUUGAAAAUGGGCAUAGUAGACCUAAAGCUAAAGGGCCUUUCGCUAAAAAUUCAAACGGUAGAUCUUUUUCUGAAAAGUAUUAUUUUACAGUAUCCAAAUCUGGUUUAAAAAUCGAACGUUCGUGGCUAUGUUAUUCGACUAUACUUCAAAAAGCGUAUUGUAGGUCAUGCUGGCUAUUUGGAGAUCGCACAUCCACUGGCUUUCAAGAAAUUUGGACUACAGGAUAUUGUGAUUGGAAACACAUAGUAGAUGGCAUUAAAAGACACGAGCAAUCACAUGUUCACUACAUUUCCUGUUUAGUAUAUGAAAAAUGGUUUUUAAAUAAAACAUUAAACGAAGAAUUAGAACAAAGUAUAAAAAAAGAAAAAUUAUUUUGGCGUCAGGUUUUAGAGAGAAUUUUAAAUAUUACUCUUACAUUAGCUAUGCGAAGUUUACCUUUUCGCGGCCACAGAGAAAAGCUCGGUAGUGGAAAAGGAGAAAACGGCAAUUUUAUUUAUUUUAUUGAGUUACUUGCAAAAUACGACCCAGUACUAGAAAAAGUUAUUGAUCAGGAAAAAGAUGAAUACGGAAACCCAAAAAAUGUAUGUGUUAAGGAAACUAUUUUAGCAUUUCAUGAAGUUGUUGAUCAAUCUGCCUCUUCUCUUUCUGAACUAAUAUUACAGAAUAUUGAAUAA